AUGACAACCAUCAAGGAGAUGAAGGAACUCUUGGAAGUUGGGACGCAAAUGGGACUCAAGGAUGCAGAACUUCAACAGUUUGUGAACAAUGAACAGGCAAGACUUAGAGACGAACGUGAGAAAGAUCGUGCAGAACGUAUGGCUAAACAGGAGCGUGAAUAUCAGCUGGAACUGGAAUCCAUGAAGGAACAAAACGCUGAGGCUGAACACAAGAGGAAAAUUGAAGAGAUGGAAAUAGAUCACAGAUUUCAAAUGAUGGCAGCAGAGAGAUCACAUAAAGUUCUUGAGUCAACUGCGCUACAUCACACUGAAACACAACAACCUGUUAGAGGACCAAAAUUACCAGCGUUUGAUGAGGCAAAAGACAACAUCGACGCGUACAUACAGCGAUUUGAAAGAUACGCUAUCUCACAGCAAUGGCAAAGACAAAAUUGGGGAGCUCACUUGAGUGCACUUCUAAAAGGAAAAGCGUUGGAUGUGUUCGCUAGAUUACCACCAGACAGUGCGUUGGACUUUGAUGAACUUAAGAAAGCACUGAUGAAACGGUUUGACAUGACUGAGGAUGCAUUCAGAAAGAAAUUCAGAUCUUCAAAACCUGAUGGUAGUGAAACCUUUAUUCAGUUUUCAACUAGACUUGAAAGUUACAUGGAACGAUGGAUGGAGAACGAAUUCCUCCUUCUAUUCAAUAUAUGGCCAGAUAUGCUGAUCAGUAUGUUGAGGCGAGAGCAACUUGUUCAUCAGCUGUUACCCAAAGACCAAUCUUCGACAAGAAAGUUUCCUUUGGAAAGCAAUUUGCGAUCUUUUCCAAGUUCUAGUGAAGGAACCAAAACCAGUGGUGGAAUCAAGUGUUUUAAUUGUGAUAAAUACGGACACAAGCAGUUUGAUUGUCCUUCGAGGAAGUCAUCAGCAAUUAAGACAAACACACAGGAAAAAUUUGAUAAACCACAGAAACCACAACAGGGAUUCAACAAAAAUGGACGUCGCUUUUCACAAGGAAAAGAACACGACUCUUCUCAUGUUGGUGCACAUAAGCCGCAAAGUGACAUUAAUUCAGUUGAUGAUGGAGUGAUGCCAGUUGUGAAAGGAUGUGUUGGCGAUAAACUUGUGACAGUGUUAAGAGAUACCGGAUGUCGUGGUGCGGUGAUUCGGAAAAGUCUGGUUACGUCAAACCAACUGACUGGAAAAACUCACAAAUGCAUGCUUGCUGACGGAAGCGUAGUAGAUGCAGAUGUUGCGAUAGUUGAAGUUGACACACCAUAUUUUACUGGAACAAUCGAAGUCUCAUGCUUUGAAACACCGAUGUUUGAUCUGAUUCUUGGGAAUUUUGAUGGUGUUCGGAAACCAGACAACCCGGAUAUUCAUUGGAUGAAAACUUCUAAACCUUCAUUUGCUGUUGAGACACGCAGUCAACUGAAGAAGAAGCAGUUGCCUUAUAAACCAUUGAGGGUUCCUGAAACUCUUCAAGAUGUGUCACGUGAUGAGAUAUUAAGUGAACAGACGAAAGACGAUUCGCUAAGCAAGAGUUGGGACAUUGCUAAACAAGGGACAGUAAAGGAGCUCGGUGAUGGAGGUUCAACCAGGAUGUUUAUACGGAAGCAAUUACUCUACAGAGAAUUCAGUAGUCCAAAGGUGUCAAAUGGAAAGACGUAUCGACAGUUGAUGGUUCCAAAGAAGUAUAGACCAAUGGUUAUGAAGAUGGCUCAUGAAUGUCUUAUGGCAGGACAUUUGGGUGUUAAAAAGACUACAGACAGAAUACUAGCAGAAUUCUUUUGGCCAGGAGUACAAGCAGAUGUCAGGCGAUUUUGUCGUUCGUGUGACGUAUGCCAACGAACAAUACCUAAGGGAAGAGUACCUGCAGUUCCUCUUGGACAAAUGCCCAUGAUAUCAGAACCAUUUCAACGCAUAGCUGUGGAUAUUGUUGGUCCGCUUCAGCCAGUCACAGACAGAGGGAAUCGAUAUAUCCUCACUAUCAUAGACUAUGCGACCAGGUAUCCAGAAGCUGUGGCACUUAAAGGAAUCGAAACAGAACGAGUUGCAGAGGCGCUUGUAGACGUUUUCAGCAGAGUUGGUGUUCCAUCGGAAAUGCUUACAGACCAGGGAUCGCAGUUUACAUCUGAAGUUAUGAAGGAAGUUAGCCGAUUGCUAUCACUCAAACGCCUUACUACAACGCCGUAUCACCCGAUGUGCAACGGCCUUGUUGAAAAAUUCAACGGUACGUUAAAGCAGAUGUUGAAGCGCAUGUGUGCUGAACGCCCGAGAGACUGGGAUAAGUACCUCAACGCACUUCUCUUCGCUUAUCGAGAGAUACCUCAAGAGAGCCUUGGAUUUUCACCCUUUGAGCUACUCUAUGGUCGAUCAGUGCGUGGUCCGAUGAUGAUACUCAAGGAACUGUGGACCAAGGACAUACCAGACAGUGAGGUGAAGACUACUUACCAAUAUAUACUAGACUUAAAGGAGAAACUUGAAGAGACAUGUAAGAUUGCUCAUCAACAACUGUAA